UGGUACCGCACACCGGUACCGCACACCGGCCCCGCGCCCGGCGGCGCUCGGCAGCCGCGGCAGGAUUGCAAUCCCAAGCGGAGCAGCCGGCUCCCCUCGCUGCCCUCUGACCCGCUGUUGCUGUGGAAACUGCAUCCCACGUAGGAUUAUGGAGCCGGAAUCUGCGGGCUCCAAACCCCUCCAAAUCCAGACGGUCACCGGGGUCCCCCCGCCCGCGGCGCAGCGGGGUGCCCGCAGGGUGCCUGCUGUCCCCAGUGGGGUGGCAUCUGGGUGCUGGAGGAGGUGGCAGCAGCGCUCCUGCGUGCCCUGGUUUGCACCCACUGGCUGGUGAUGCUGCUGGAGAUGUCGCGGUGUCACCACGAGGCCAUCAGUGACCCCUGGCCCAUCUUCUCCCCUGUGCCUUUGCCUGAGUAUCAUCUCCCUGCGUGCCAUCCCUGCAUCUCAGGGGGGAGGGUGGUGUGCUUGCAGGACCCUCACCCUCCAACAGCCCCCCGGGAAUGUGGGUCCACACCAAGGACCCAUCCCCAGCACCUCUGAGGCAGCAGCAGGAGCUGGACACCCACCAGAGACCCCCACACCCGCAGGGACCGGCAGCGUGGGUCCCCCACGGGGGGAAGGGGUGGGCACAGGGGAGAGCAGAGCCCGUUUGGGGAGCUCUGUGGGCUGUGCUUGUGUCUCAGCAUCUCUCCUGCCACCCGAGGAGGUAGGAGCUGAAUUAAUCGCGAUCAAUUAGUGCUGCUUGCAGUCCCUGGCUCCCUCCCUGCACCAGCUUUGUGCCGUCGCACCCAGCGAGGGGGCCCCGGUGUGCCAUCGGGGACUGCGGCCCCUCCGGACCUCCAAACGGGGACAGGGAACAAGCAGGGUGUCCCCCAGCCCAUGUGGCCACGAGAAAUGUUCCUGCUGUAGAAUUUGGUGGGGAGGAUGAGGAGGGGCUGCGUGAGCCCCUCGAGGUCCCUGUGGCAGGCUGGAGCAGGGUGACGGCUCUCCAGAGCGAGUGUCCGGAUCCUGCAGGAUACUGCAGCAAAUGCCCUGCAAUCUGCAGCCGGAUGGAUCCCACCUUCCUUCCCCCGCAACGUGCUGCCCUGGGCUACAGCUAAUCUAUUGUGCGCUGGGCUGCAGCCAGCACAAGCUGCAAUACAGUAAAUCCUUCUGCAGUAUCCUGCAAGGGGACCGAGCCCAGCCGCAGCCGCCCGCCGCCGCCACACAAAGACGGGGGGCCCCGCGGGGACGGGGCGCAGGGGAUGAGGGCACCAGAGGGUGGCAGGACCCCCGGUGUCGUGCUGGCGAGGACGGGAGAACCAAGCCCUGGAGCAGGGUGGAAAGUUCUCCAGGGAGUUUUGGGUGGUGCUGUGCAUUCUCCCAGCCCCCCAAAUCUGUGUGGGUAGGGAGAUGCUCAAUCCCCUGAGUUUGGGUCUUCCAUAAAUGUUGUCACCACCAUAUUCCCCUUCAGGGUCCCAGUGUCAUGCAGAGGUUUCCAUGCCCAUCCUUUCCAUGUGCGUGGUGCAUCCUUCCCUGUGCCUCAGUUUCCCCACCAGUAUAGGGCCACCAAGCCCCCUCAGCCCCCUCCUCCAAGCAGGCUCACCACAGUGAGUCCCACUGCCCUUUUCCAGGGGAUUUUGCUUGGAUACUGUCAUUAUGGUUAUUAUUGCUAUUAUUAUUAUUAUUAUUGGGAUGUUGGUGGGGCUCUGCGGCUCUGCCGGACCCGUCUUUGGUGAGCGAGGCAUCCUUCAAAGGGAAGGCGCUCCGUCACCGCCCCACAGCAGCUGCGUUCUCCUCAAUUAGAAGAGGUAAUGAAGCAAUUUAUGGGCAUCUACAAAGUGAUGUGUGAGUGACAGGCUGUGUACGAUCCGCGCCGGGGCUCUGCCGGCAAGUUGUGUUCUUCCAAUUUUAAUGGAAGGCUCCCCGGCGAGGGGGGAGAGCAAACAUUGGUGUGUCUGGGGGUGUGUGUGCUCCGAGGGGCUGGGCCGGUGCUGCCAGUGCGCCGUGGGUGGGUGCCGAGACCUGGGUGCUCCAAUCCCCGCCCUGGGGAGCCUGAGCCACGCUGUAACCGGAGAUGGGGGCAGCUGGGUGGGAGCCGAGCCUGGGGCUGGGGCACUGCAGGACGCCCGGGUCCUCUGGAAUAGUUGGCUGCAGCUCCCUGUUUCCAUCAGCACCCUGCUCCUGCCUCAGUUUCCCUGUCGCUGUCCAUGUCCCCGCUGCGUGGCACUGGCUGACCCCUCCUUCACACCCCCAGAUUUUGGUGGAGCACCGUGGCCUCUCAAGAGGGAGGGUGAAUCAUGUUUUGGGGUCAAACCCAGCAGCUUCUAUUGCCACCACCAGGGUAUGGGAUGGGGGUGUGCAGUGCUGCCCUGGUGCUUGGGGUUCCUGGGGGUGCCUGGAGCUCCUGUGUGCUGCCACAGGGCAUUGUACCUGUGUCCACAGAGGUGUGUACCUGUAACACAGGUGUGCGUCCAUCAGUGCGCUCACCAGUGCCCCACGUGUGUUCCUGUACCUGUGUGUGCGCCCCUGUACACGCUUGCCACAUGUGUGACCCGCCCGUUGGUGCCCACGUGUGUUCCUGUACCUGUGUGUGUGCCCCUGUACACGCUUGCCACAUGUGUGACCCGCCCGUUGGUGCCCACGUGUGUUCCUGUACCUGUGUGUGUGCCCCUGUACACGCUUGCCACAUGUGUGACCCACCCAUUGGUGCCCACGUGUGUUCCUGUACCUGUGUGUGCCCCCACACCGCUGUGGGCUCACCUGUCUGCACACGUGUGUGUGCAAAUCCUCCCCCGUGCGUGUACCUGUGCACACGCCUGCAUGUGCACGACCAUCUUGUGCACAUUCAGGCCUGUCGGUGGGUGCACCACCUCCAUCACGCCGGCGCUGGCAUUUUCCCCAGUGGCUCCCACACCCCAGCUCGGCCCCAACCGGCCGCAUCUCCCAGGAAACAGGAUCCACAGCCAGGAGUUUCCGCUCAACUCGUGUGUGCCUCCCACAAAAAAAAAAAAAAAAAAAAAAAGAAAAAAAAAAGAAAAAAAAAGAAAAAAACCCACCCUGACACCAGCACGGCCGUUAAUCCUGCCCGGCUCAUUCUGCUUUUCUUGUCUAGCCAGUUUCUAAAAUUGGCCAAGGGAGGCAACUGGCUGAUCUGCCCCCACUCAGACCCCCCCUCGGUCCCCACCUGGUCCCCACAGCGCGGUGUCAGCACCUGGACCCCGUCACCCCAUAUCCUGCGUGACGGGACCGCGGCCGGGCGGCUCCGGUGCCCCGCGUGGGGUGUGGGUGGGCUCACGGUCAGCAUCCUCCGGUCCCGGCGGGCGCCCCUCUGCCUCCCGGGCAGCCCCCCAGCCCCGGCGGCGGGGGAGCGCGGCUGUGCCGAGCGAGCUUUGGUGGGCACGCGUCCAUCUGGCGCCUUCCAAAUGUUACUGGCCUCGCAGGAUCCCGGCUCCGCUCGCCGUUAACCCGCAGCGCCCCGGCGGGGAGCGGGGCCCGCGGGGUGUGGGGCUGUGCAGCCGCCCGGGGUGCCCCGCUGGGGCUGGGGGCGGCGGGCAGCCAGCGGAGCCCCUCCGCGCCGGUGUUACCGAGCCGGGCAGGGACGCACCGGGGCUGUACCGGGGAGCCGGGAGGGGCCCGGGGCCAUCUGCGCGGCCUCAGUGCUGCCAGCGCCCCCGGGGUGCGCUCCCCGCGCCGGGGCACAGCGCACCGAGACCGCGGGCGAGCGCCCCGGGCAGCCCCCGGUACCCCGAGGGAGCCGGGCUGGUGCGUCCCGUGUCCUCCCGAGGGCAGGGGAGGGGGCCCGGGGGCUGCUCGCCUCCCGCGCCGGCUCGACGGGGCGGGGGAACAAAGCUGGCACCGAGGGAAGAGCUAAAUUUAGCCCGUUUCCCUGCUAGCUCCGAACCGCGGCGCUGGGCUCCAGCCGGCCGAGGUGCCACCAGCGCUGCGGUCCAUCUGCCGAGCCCCCCCCAGCCAGGGAAGGGGGUCAGACCCCUCCACCGAGGGAGUUGGGGGAUGCAUCCGUGCGGGGCGAUGCCACGGGGGUCACCUGAGUGACCCCAGCAUCCGGGGGGCAGCGGGGUACCCACCUUUGAGGGUCCUUGCAGCAGGGAAGGAGCUCCUGACCGGCGGGAUGAUUGCUGGGCGAGAUGGUCGCCGGAGGGGGAUCGGUUGUUGUGGGGAAAUGGUCUUGGAGGGGUAAUAGUCAGUGUCGUUAAGGAGAGGUGGUCCUUGCAGGGGAGACGAUUUCUUGUGGGGAGAUGAUCAUUGCAGGGAAAAUGGUUGUGGCAGCAGAGAUGGUCCUUGUGGGGAAGAUGGUGCUUGAAGGCAACGUGGUUCUUGCAGGGGAGAGCCACUGCAGGCGAGGUGGAUGUUCAGGGAGGAUGAUCCUUGCAUGGAAGGUGGUCAUUUCAGGAUAGAUCAUUCCUCCUGAGGGAGAAGGUCCUUGCAGGGGAGAUGGUUUCUCCUGAGGGAGAUGGUCCUUGCAGGGGAGAUGGUUUCUCCUGAGGGAGAUGGUCCUUGCAGGGGAGAUGGUUUCUCCUGAGGGAGAUGGUCCUUGCAGGGGAGAUGGUUUCUCCUGAGGGAGAUGGUCCUUGCAGGGGAGAUGGUUUCUCCUGAGGGAGAUGGUCCUUGCAGGGGAGAUGGUUUCUCCUGAGGGAGAUGGUCCUUGCUGGGGAGAUGGUUUCUCCUGAGGGAGAUGGUCCUUGCUGGGGAGAUGGUUUCUCCUGAGGGAGAUGGUCCUUGCAGGGGAGAUGGUUUCUCCUGAGGGAGAUGGUCCUUGCAGGGGAGAUGGUUUCGGGCAGCAGCAGCAGUAGGAACCUGACCAGGCCUCUCCAGCCAUGCCCGCCUCAAGGGCACCAUGCCACGUUCUGGUCCUGGGGGCUGAACCUGUCAAGGGUGUCACCGGCUCCAGGACCCCCAGGCCUGGAGGAUGCCACCAGCCAGGCAGGGUGGGCUCCAGGAGACCCCAGGGGCUGUGGGACAUCCAGAGCCAGGCCCAGGAGAAGGGCCAUGUGCCCUGACUCAGCACUGUCCCCAGCAGCAGGGGGUGUCCCUGGGGUCCCUGUGGCCAGGACCAGGGGGAUUGCAGGGAAAUGAACCCCCCAGCCACCUUCCUGCAGCUCUGGGUUAUGAGGGCAUGUCAAGACCUUUGGCACCCCUUGUUUAUAGCCCAGUGGUUCCAGGCCCUCCUCCCAGUGCCAGGGCGGGUCUGAUGUGACACCCUGGGCUGAUGUGAGCGGGCAGAACCCAGGGAUGUUUCCCCACAUGCCAGCCAAUCCCUCCUGGCACUGCAGUCCCCGCAGCAUCCCCGCGGUGCAUUGGAGGGACAGGUCCCCUCACCAGCUCCCUGCUUGGGGGGCUCCCCAAAAAACCUCUCACAGCCCCACAAAGGGAACUGGCGGCCAAGCAGCUCGCUUGGACCCGUUACCUAAGAUGAAACCCAGGCGCCAUCUGCUCCAUCUCCUAAUUAAGAGCAUGGCAAAGGAGUCAGGGCAGCGGGAGGACGUGGUGACGGCAGGGGGGAUGUGACAGCGGGGUUCCAGCCGUGGGGUGACAACUGAAGGGAGGGUCAGGGCUGCCGGCAGGCACUGCGUGCCCCAGCACCCCUCUGUGCCCACCCUUCUGCGCCCCCAGCUCCUGCCCUGCUCCCAGGCACAGGGUGGGGGGUCCCCAGGGUGGGUGGGUGCUCUGGGAGCUGCCAGCGGCACCCAGAGAGGACCCCAAACCCCCCUGGCGCUGAGGAGUGCCCCACUCCGGAGGAGGGCAGGGUGCUGGCAGGGGAUGAGGUGUGGUGAGGAGGAGGAGGGAGCGGGACCCGCGUGCUUUGGGGUCUGUGAUGCUGAAUUAGAGGGGGUGUGGGGGUCGGCGUGGAGGGGGUGAAGGCGGAGGGACCCCCCGCGCGGCUCGGGGAGGAGGUGGCCGGUGGGGCUGGCUGGGGAACACGGAAACCCUCGGCGAGCGCCUGCCAGGAAGCUGUCACUGGAGGGGAUUUUCCAUUGGUGUCAGCAGGCAGGACGGGCUGGGGGAACUCGUGGGGCGGGGGUUGGGGGCGCCUGGGAGGGACCGGGGCACGCCAGGGACGGGGCGGAGGGGAGAAGCUCCCCGAUGGCCCAGGGGCGUGGGGGGUCGGUGCGCAGGGCAGUUGCACCCAAGGAAAGCCGGCAGAGUGUGAGAGGGAGAGGCACCGCCACGGCGUCCCCGUGUGCGACACGAGUGGGACAACCCCUGCCACUCGUGCGGGGCGGGAGGGGUCAAGCGGGGCACCCCUGCCCACAGGACACGGGGGACAGCAGGAACCGGACACGGCCCUACGCCCACGUGGGGGGAUUUGGGGCACCCCAAACCUUGGCAGCGCCCCGCGGUGCCCAGGGACCCCCGAGGCGGCGGGGCAGGGGGAGGACGGCCCGUUCCCGUUCCCGGCGCUGCCGCCGCGGGCGGUUGGGCACGGUGCCCCGGCGGGGCGGGAGGCGUCGGGCCAGCGUGUCCCCAUCUGUGUGGCGGCUGUGUCCCUGCCGCCUGCCUGUCUCCCGGUGGCAUCUCCGGCCCCACCCUGACGUCUGGGUGGCCUCGGAGCCGGGCACCAAACCACGUCCGUGUCCUGCGGGGCCAUCCCUCCAUCCCGCCGGUGCCAAGACGGCCCCUCCGUGCCCGCCCUGUGCCAGCGCUAUGGGUCGCGGCUGGGUGCCAGCAGCUCGGGGGUGCUUAGGGGGGUUUGGGGGCCCUCAGGCUGCCACCCCACGGCACCCUUUCCAGCAAAGGGGAACCCUGUCUGGGUGGAGUGGCGAGGUGGGGGGACAUCCUGCCGGGUUGGACGGGGCUCGGAGCGACCUGGUCUAGUGGAAGGUGUCCCUGCCCGCGGCGGGGGGCUGGAAGGAGAUGAGCUUUAAGGUCCCUUCCAACCCAAACCAUUCCAUGAUUCUGAUUCCUCUCGCCGCCAACCUCCGUCAAGCCCGAAACCGUUAAACUAAUUAAAGCUUUGCAGCAGCAGGAUUAAGCCCGGGCAGGGGAGGUGGGAGCCCAGGUAGUCGAUUAGUUCACCAGGCGAGGAUAUUGGAUUUCUGCGAGGCGAGUCAGCAGUCUUCGGGGGCUGUUAUCUUUGCAGGGCUGCGGGGUCAGGAGGUGGGAAGCGGAGGUGACUGCAAUCUCGCCCGCUUCAUCCCCCCGCUCUUCAUCCUCACCCCCCCGGCCCCGCUGCAGCACCCGGUCUGGCCGGCUCUCCCCGCCCGCGGCGCCCAUCUCUAUCUCUCCUUCUCCCUCCGUCCCUCCUCGCUUGUGUGGUCUCGACUGGUGUUUUGUAACCAGGGAGGAGAAAAAAAAAAAAAAUUAAAAGAAAUUUUUUUUUUUUUUUUAAAGGGGAAAAUAAAAAAAUAAGGAAAAAGGCCCUACCCCUGGCGAGGAAGCCAGGAAUGGCGAGGUCCGGAGAGCCUAAUGGGAAACAUGUGGCGGCUGCCUGGGGCUGAGCGGGGAGGUGAAAGUGAGCGCGGCGGCGCGGCGAACAUCCCGGUGCGCCCCGCAGCCCCCCGCCCCGCAGCCCCCUCCCCACCGCCGCUGCCGGGCUCCACCUGCGCUCCGCACCGCGCUGCCCGCCCGCGGGGGAUGGUCGGGGGUGCAGGUGGUCCCCGCCGUGGAGGGUGGUCUGGACGGGGCGAGGGCGGAGCCGCGGCGCACGGAGUGUCCCCCGCGUGUCACACGUGGCCCCCGUGGGAGCGGACACCGGCGGUGCGGGGUAAGAGCCCUGCGGCUCCCGGCGUGGCCCCGGGGAUGAAGGUGGGCAAAGGCGAACACGCAGAGUGGGCGAUGGCGUGUCCAGAGACCCCCACAGCCCGGCGGGGACCCCGCGGCGCCCCGCAGUGUUUGCCGAAGCAGCCGCAGCGCCGUGCGCCACGGACACACGGGGGACGGCGGCGCAGAGCUGGGGGUGCCCCCCGAACCUCCCCCGAACCCCGAACCUCCCCCGAACCCCGAACCUCCCCGUCGAGCCGCGCGCAGCGUGUGCAGCGGGGACCAGCUCGGCGGCUGCUCUGGAAAACCUCCCGUUUGCUUCCUUCCUGCCUGCCUCCCCUCCGACAGCUCCCUGGGCACACCAGCAGCUCAGCAGAGACGAGACCGGUCUUUCUAGCACAUAUUUUCCUGCUCCACAUAGCCCUUGGUGUAACUUUACACCGAGGUGCCCGCAGCUCCGCGGUGCCAGCGCUGCGCCCAAAGGCUGGCGGGGAGACGGGGAAAGGGGGGGAUGCGGAUGGACUGACAGGUUUGAAUUCUCUUUCCCUGCCUUGUUGAUAAGUUGUCACGCUAAUCCAGACACCGGGAAGAGCCUGGAUCACGCCGAGCGGCUGCGUGUGUGUGUCUGCGGGUGUGUGCUGGGGGAGGGAGCCAACCGGCAGGGAUUCACACGCGGUGCUGGGGGGGGAAACAGGCGGGCAUGCUGGCACGGGGGGGUUGCGAGGGGCUGAGGGGUUCCACCGUGCACCCCUGUGGGUGCCUCGACCUCCUGCAGGAGAGUGGGUGGCCAGAGCUUCCUGCACACGCGUGUGCAGUGUGCAUAUCCAUGUGGAUGAGCACACGUGUGCUACUGCCUGGUGGGGAGAUGCUUCCCCUCAAACGGGCAGCCCCCCGUUCAAGGCAUGGGCACGGUGGGAGGAAAGGGUUGUCCUGCCCCAAAACGUCACCCCAGGCAUCCCGUGAUGGGGCUAAGGGCACAAGGUGGGUGUCCCCGUGGGCUGUGGCUUCGAGGGGGAGGCGUCAACGGGCGGCGCACGAUGUGCCCAGCCCAGUGGGCACCCAAGGCGGCCAGGACAAGUGUCACUCCCAGGGGAGGGGGCCGCCGGGCUGAUGUCGGGGGUCUCUCUCGAGCA